AUGGCUAAAGGCAGCAGAGAACUGAAGAUCUGCAAAGGUAACACGAUUAACAGCGCUGCCGGAGGGAUUAGAGCCCAGAGGCUGCACAAAGGAGUUCUCAGAGACCUGGAGCGACUCAGUCAGAAAGAGGAAAAUAUUCGUCGUUUAGAAGAGCAGAUCUCUUUGACAAAGCAGCUCAAAGAAGACAGAGACAAGAUGCUGCUGGAGAAAGGCUCCCAGCACUCCUAGGCACAGUCCUG